UAUGUAAUAAAAACAUCUUAGAAUACAUCACACACAUGCUAAGUUUAGAAAUGUAAUCUAAAUUUUCUCAGAAGAAUGGCGUUGAUGAGCGUUCUGUUUUCAGAUUGGGAAUCCAUUCCUUUUCGCUCAGGUUCUAUUAAAAAGCGCUACUAAGUGGAUGGAUAUUUCGUUUUUAUCGGGUUAUAUUUGUACUAUAUGGAAGACUUCAUUUCUGCGGAAAUGGCGUAUCGAUACUUUUUGAUAUGUUACUGGAUUUAAUAUAGAUUUUGUAAAUUGAUUCCUAAAUUUAAAACUAAUUCAUUAAUAUCGAAAAAAAUUUAAAUGGGAAUGUUUUUACGAUACCUUCAAAUUGUUUUUCCAUAAAAAUGAGCCGUUGGCUCAAAUGACUCAUCGCCAUAGUUGAAUCAAUAAAAAAUAUUGUCCAAACCAAAAGAAAGAAUAAAAUGGCCGCCGAGUGUAUUGCCGUAAAUAUUAUGUCCAAUUGUUUUUCUCGUUAUCCGUUAGUACAUGUGUUAAAAUGCAAAGUCUAUCAAUAUUGCGAAUAAGUGAAGUGAUUUUCACAACGAACUCAGUGUAUAAAACAUUUCUAGCCAGAAUUAUGUAAGAACAAAGAAUAGAGUCGAGCAAACAGGCAGCUACACAAAUGCAUGAAAAUGGGAGACUCUCAUUUGUUAUUGUUUAUAACGCUAAUCAUAUUGGUAUGUUCUUUGCUGAAUGCAGAAAAUUUUGAGUGCCCAUUGAAGUGUGAUUGUCUAAAACAAUAUGUUGACUGUUCCAAAAAGGAUUUGGUAUCAGUGCCAAAAAUUCCUAAGUGGGUGGUACAAUUAGAUAUCAGCCAUAAUAGAUUGAAUAAUGUUACGAAUGCAUUUAAUGAUUUAAUAAAUUUGAACGUACUGAAACUGGACAAAAACAUGUUACACAGCAUACCAAACCUGUUACAUUUAGAGCAAAUACAAGAACUAAAUCUGAACAGAAAUAACAUUAAAUCUAUAGACACGGGCCACUUCCCUGAGAAUAGUUCAAUCAGAACCCUAAACUUAAACAGUAAUCACAUCAAGAUCAUACAGGAAGGAGCAUUAAACAAUUUAACAAAUCUUGAAGUGCUGAAAUUAAAUAGGAAUGAAAUAAAAUCUCUUCCAAAUCACUUGUUCAUGAAUCAAAUGAAUUUAAAAACAUUGGAGCUAAAUCAUAAUAAGCUUCACAUGAUCAAUGGCCUGCUUUUUCAGGGCCUAUCAAAUUUAACUAGUUUAAAACUGCGAUUUAACAAUAUUGACAAUAUUAUGGAUGGUGCCUUUUUCGGAUUUAAAUCUGUAAACUUAUUACAAUUAGAUCAUAAUAAAAUCAAGAACAUUUCCAAAGGGUGGAUGUACGGACUGGAAUCAUUAAUCACAUUAUCUUUAUCAAACAAUUUGAUAUCUGAAAUAGAUUUUGGUAGCUGGGAAUUAUGUGCAAAUUUGGAAAUGUUGGACUUGUCUCACAAUUAUUUGAUGGCAAUAGAAAGUCGUACUUUUCAGCAUUUGGUUAAAUUACGCACUCUAAACCUUAGUUACAAUAACAUAUCUUCAAUAUCUCAAGAAGCUUUUGGUUAUAUGGAGCACCUGGAAUCAUUGCAGCUAAAUAAUAACAAGAUUUCCUGGACAGUAGAAGACAUGUCUGGACCAUUUUCAAAAUUACAGAAUCUUAUCACUUUCAGUCUGGCAGCAAAUCACAUAAAAUCAAUAAAUGCACGAGCUUUUGAUGGUCUGUCAAGUCUUGAAGAAAUGGAUUUAAGAGGAAAUAAUAUUACUUCAAUACAACAACAUGCCUUUAAUUCUAUGACAAAGUUGAGAAAACUUCACCUUAACUCAUCAUCACUUUUAUGUGAUUGUAAUUUGCUAUGGAUUGUAAAGUGGAUAAAAGAGAAAGUGGAGCAGAAGCUUAUCACAGCUAACUGUGCCUAUCCUGCAGACACAAGAGGGGUCUCAAUCACUAAACUUAAAGAAGACAAUUGUGGUGAUUCUCCAAAACCUAAAGUUGUUGAACAUCCUAAAACCCAUCUUGCCAUUAAAGGGCGUUCUGCCAACUUAGUGUGCUCAGCAACAUCAAAUCCUUUCAACAAUAUGACUUUUCUAUGGAGAAAAAAUAAUGGCAAUGUAAGCAAUCCAACCGUGUUUGAAAAUGUCACAUUAUCUAGCAAUGGCCAGCCACGUGCCACAUCUGUUUUAGUAAUCCCAAAUGUAACCCAUGCCGAUUCUGGUAAAUAUCAAUGUGUUGUGAGCAAUAAUUUUGGAGUAACAUAUUCUACAAAGGCAAAACUGAACAUUGUCACUUUUCCACGAUUUAUGAAAACACCAACAAAUGUGACUGUAAAAACUGGAGAAACUGUCACUUUAAAUUGUGCUGCUAAUGGUGACCCACCUCCAGAAAUAUCUUGGAAAAAGGAUGGCGGUAAUGACUUUCCUGCUGCUAGAGAAAGAAGAAUGAAUGUAAUGCCAGCUGACCAUUUGUUUUUCAUAGUGAAUGCUAAGACUACAGAUAUGGGUGUGUAUAGUUGUGCAGCUAAAAAUCCAGCCGGGACCAUAAUAUCCAAUGCUACAUUGACAGUAUUACAAGAGCCUUCUUUCGUAAGAGUCAUGGAAAACAAAGAGGCAACCAGUGGCGACAAUGUUGUAUUACAAUGUAUGAUAUCGGGUUCACCAAAACCUGUUUUAAAAUGGCUUAAGGAUGGAACACCAGUUACAUCAAGUGAACGCCAUUACUUUUCUAAUGAAGACCAAUUAUUGAUAAUAUUAGGAGUAGAAUCCAAUGAUGCUGGGAGAUAUGAAUGUGAAAUUACCAAUGAGUUGGGUACCAAGAAGCAUGUGACAGAGUUAAGAGUAUUACCACCAGUUGCAAUUAGAGUAAAUGAAGAAGAUAUGACUGGUAUUAUAAUAAUAACGGUUGUGUGUUGUGCGGUAGGGACUUCUAUUAUAUGGGUGGUGAUAAUUUAUCACACGCGAAGACGUAUGGCGAAUGCUGUGCGCACUAUUCCUGCUGAAACUAUGAAAAUGACACAUAUUGUGCAUAGUGAUAGUGAUCCUCCACAAAUGUUUUCAGACAAUAUAUCUGAACACUCAUCGUGCAAAGAUAGUGGGACUGGCGACUCAGCCAAACAAACAAGCUUUGAUGGUGUGCCUAUAGAUAGGAUUGAACAAGUACACUAUGAGCCUGCUGUGUGCCGCAGUUAUUCUCCGGUGCCAGAAGCACACAAACUUCUACCUUCCUCUUUUAAACCUUCUAUUCAAGUGUGUGUAAAUACAUCAGUGACACCUGCUACUUAUAGUUUUUCUAGUCACAGUAGUAAUGUUUAGAUUAAAUGAAUUUUGUAUUGGUGAUAGUAUAUUGUAUGUAUAAUGUUUUGAUAUCCAUUGCAUUUUCACUAAUUACAUUUAAGUUUUUGUACAAAUUUAUAAAAAAUGGCAGCUAUAUUUGUAUGUUGAGUUUAUGAUUUUAGUUUCCUAUGAUAUCAUUUCUAAACAGGCGUUAAAUUUAUAACAACAUUUUAUAGUGUUAUAAGAAUGGUAUAAGAUGACUUGUCUUUUAAAUAUUAUUGUAAUUAUUUUUGUUUGUAACAUAAUACAAAUCAGAAGUCAACCAACGAAACCAAUCAAAUUAUUAUUUAAGCAAUUACAUCUGUAGUGAAUGACAAUAGUGUCUACUUAUAAUUUUCUAUGUACCACCUGUAGUUAGUGAAAAGGCUCUGACUUGGGCAUGUACCUAUAAUGUAAACUUGAUUGCUUAGUACAAAAUGUAAUAAACUUGCCAGUAUUGGUUUUGAUUUAAAAGACUGAAUGUCAUCUAAAUAUAAGUAAUUAUUAACUUUGUUAAUUUUUAAUGUUAAUUAAGCAGUAAUUAUACUUCUACACUGGACUCAUGUUACUGAUAAAAUUUACUGUUAUUUAAAAGUAUAUUUAAUGUGAUUUAUCUUGUAGCCUCUAUUACUCUGAUAUGUACAUUUCAUAUUUAUAUGUACCUAGCCUAGUUAUACAGUAACCAUAAUAUUAUGUAACUUAUUAUGAAUGACCUAGAAACAUCUAUUAGUGUAUAUAGGCAUUUAAAAAAAAUGUAGUAAGUAUCUUGAACAAGUAAGGUGUUUAUAAACUCUGGUUUUAUGCCUUUUAUGAUUUUGUAAGAUAUAAUUCUUAUAUGUAUUUUUCAAAAACAGCAAUAUUUUAGAAGCAAAUUAAGCCAACAUUAUCCUCGUCACGUAUUGUUAAAUUAGACUGGGUUGACGACAUCUGCCAUUUCUCUUCUAUUGUUGUUAAUAAAAUAUAGAAAUUAUCGCACCGUCUGGAGUUACGCCUUUGCCGCAGUUUUGCUAUUCAUAUUGAAAGUAUUGCCUACCAUUCAGCUAAAAUGACAUUGGCUAAAUUGUCAAGCGGCAACGUCAGUCCAUUCUAACGUGGCACCAAAAAAAUCCUGGAUGCCCUCUUAGAAACAUUAGGAAGUUCAAAUUAAAACAAGUGUAAACUUUGAUACUUUUCUCAUGAUAAUUCUCAUGAAGCAGAUACCUUUUUAUUUCGAAUAGAGAAAUAUUGGAAACAUAAGUAAUAUUGGAGCCAUGAAUAAAAUAAUUAAUUAAAAUAUUUUUGCAAGGUUGGUGGUGUGUUAAAAACUGGCACAGUGGGAGAUUCUCUCCGCGCUGAGCCAAGAUUUCUAUAUCUUCAUUUACAUAUUUUUAUUUUUAUAGGAGGCAUUUCGAUCAAAUAGGUAUUAACUGCUAACCAUUGUGUUAUUUUCCAAUUUAUUGUGUUAUAAAAUUUCGCUUCCGAGUACGAAUGAAAUUCCGUGUAAUUUAUUCUUCCAAUAAUAUUGCCCUAGGUAGGUAUUAUGAAAUUAACUAUGGCCAAAAAUUUACCUACUAUUUCUGAGCAAAGGAAUCUUAGCUUUUUCUGUGAGACCGCGGCGUAAUAAAAGGCCGUAACUGGCAAAAAUUCCCGAAGACACCUUUAAUGCAAGAAUAUAAAAAAUAUUCAUAAUAUAAAAUUUACGAAACUUCCCAAUGUUUCCAGGAAAAGAGUUUUGUGUAUCGACAUUUAUUGUACCUAUGUAGCGAGUGUGUAAUGUAUAAAUAACAAAUGUUGUGUGGAAUUUUUAUAUUUCAGUUCAUUUAUUGAUAUUUUGUUCCAGAAAAAUCGUUUUGAAAAUCUUUUUAUACUUAAAAAAUAAUAAAAUUAAAGUUUCUCAAUGAA